AUGCCAUUCGUUUGCCGGCUUUUGAGACGUCUUAAGUUCAUUCUAGACUCAGUAGGACUCCUCCUCCUCUCCCAUGCUGACGUCACCCCGCCAGCUGUCACCUCCUCCUUGCGCCACAUGGCGCACGCACUCCUCUCCCUGGAUCCACAUCCCGGCCACUCCCUCCUCCCUCUCUCCCUCCUCCUCUCCUCUCCAUCACUCCCUCAUCCCUCCUCUUCUCAUCACCCAUCGGGAAACUCAGUUGUCACUUCUGGCAUGAGUAGCUCUAGCAGCAGCACAGCUGGCACUGGUAAUAUCGGUGGGAGGGGCAGCAGCGGCAGGAGCGAGAGUGGUGGCAGCAUGGGUGUGGAAAGUAUGGGAGAGCGGCACGUGCUACCGGGAGGGAUACUGGUGUUGCAGCAGAAGAGGGCUUCGGGGAAAUUCCGAACUGCGCUUGAGGAGUUUCAUUUCGACCGGCAAGGAGCAGUGCACAUCAGCGCACAGACCAAGGGUUUUGUGCGCACACCGCAACCACCCACCGCGCCCAGUGAAUCUCCUGAGACCGCGCCUCAACCCACAGUCGCUAGCGACAGCAGGAGAGACACCUCUAAAGUACCUCCUGCAAACGUAUCCCUGCCAGAGCAGCAGCCUGCAGAGGGGGCACACAGAGGGGCGACAGGGAGAGGGGAGGCUGCAGGCGUGGAGCCGAUCAGGACGAUUGGAGAUCGGGCGCCAGAGGUCUCGUUCCGCUUAGAGCUGUCUGAGGAGGAACGGGCUGCAAGAGAGAAAGUGGUGCUGCCUUAUGAACACCGAGGCGAAACUGGCCCAAUCAAGAUAUACGACGGGAGAAGGAGCCUUGCGCCAAGCCACGUCAAGGAAACAGCAAAGGCUCAUGGAGAGUUUUCGGUUGGUGGUGUAUCGGCUCGUAUGGUGGAACUUGCAGUGGGAGGCACUGCGGGCGAUUGGAGCGAAGGUGGAGGUGGUGGUUUGAUUCAUUAUGAGCGCGAUUCGGAUGACGAAUACCCAGAUUCGGAUGAAGACCCCGAUGAUGAUCUUGAUAUAUAG